CAAGUCCAACCUCAGAAACCUGCCCUUUUCCUGUUUAAUAAAGAGCUCAGCAUCACAGUGAGGUGUUUGUGAUGUUGCCUGGUGUCUCUGUGCUUCGGUCGUUUUCCAGUUUUCAUCACAGAGCGAGAAGGAGCAGAGUGGCUGAGAUGACAGCUCACAGCUUCAACAUCUUCAUCGUCUUCACACUUUGUCUGAGCUUCAGCUUCCACCCAAGCCAUGGUUUUGAGGUGUUUCAGCCAAAGAGUCGGGCUGUGAACCCAGACGGGUCGACCUCUGUCAGCUGUGAACAUAACGCAAACGUCACCUCUGUCAAAGAUGUUCGACUCAACGCCAUAUCGACAACAUACAAACCUCGACUGCUCUGCCAGAAGGGGAAGAAAGACUGUAAGAACAUCGUCAUGCAUCAAGUGAAUCUCAAAAGGUGGCUUUUCAUCCUACUUGAUGUCGGGCCAGAGGCCAUGAAAAUAACAUACCAGUGUGAGUUCACUGUGAUAAUAGAUGAGCUAGAGCACACCAAGGAGGGAACACCAACUAGACUACUGCCAGGUCAAAAGGAAGGACCCUACACAUUUGAACCUUCUCCUUCACCUCGUCCUCCUCCUCCUCGUCCACCUCCUUGUCUUCAGUUUCAUCAGCUCAGGUGGAUUCUGAUUGGUCUGCUGGCUCUGAUGUUCCUGUAUAGCUGCAUCAUCACCUGCUUCUACAUCAGACUGAGGAGCAGCGACACAGAUCCUGAAAACUCCGUCUACGUUGAAAUGAGGAAAGCGCCUCGGCAAAUGAAUUCACCUUUUGACAUUUAUUGUGGGUAGCUGACUCACUCUUCUUCACCACUGGCAAUAUGCUGAAUGUAAUGAGAGGGAAAACACUGCUGUUGUUGCAGCUGGUAUCAAAGCCUUGCUUUUGGAUAUCUUUCGUUUGUAAAUGAGUUUAAAACUGCUGUAGUACUGAAGAUGAACAGCAGGGUGAGACAAAGACUCUCUAAAGCACCCAUGAAUUCUGACAUUGUACAAGUGUUCAUCUCUACUGUAUGCAGUGUGGCACCAGGACAUUAUCCAUUAAGUUGUUGUAUGUAUAUGGAUAUAUAUAUAUAAUUUAUUAUGAAUUUUUUUUAAUCAAUGCUUUUAAAAUCCCGGUUAAUGGGAGUUUUCUAAUGCUUUCACUGAGUGAAUUCAUGUAUAUGCUCACAAAUUAAUCUAUGUGACUGUUUGGGUUCAACUUUGUUGAACUGUGACAGUGUUCUCCCUGGAAAUACUUUCUAUUGAAUGAAAUGGUGAACAAAAUGCCACAGGAAAAUGAACAGAAGAGUAGAGAGAAGCUGCAGGAGCUAUAGUGGCCCUGCAAGUCACUGUCAUCAAGUUUUGGGCCACCACCUGUUUCCUGUGAAUGAGUGAGCGUCACUUUGUGUGAAUUUCACCUUGCAAUAUCGAGGAAUAUACAAUUAAAUUGACAAAAAAAUUAUUUGGACAUAAAUAAUGGUUAUCUUUUAACAUUUCAGUUUUCAUUUAUCAGUUUUGUAAAACUAAAGUGAUUCUUAUAUUCUCCAAUCUUAAAAAAUGUGUAGCUGUAUUGUGAAAAAAACAAAACAAACCAAAACUAAAAUGCACUUGUAUGUCUACAGUCUGUUUGUUGAACCUUUAUAGCGACAACUCAUCUUGAGUCUGUAGUUAGGCUAGCUAUGCUUCGAAAUCUAAAAAUGGAAAAGUCUCAAUAAUAAUAAUAAUAAUAAGUACUUUAUUUAUAUAGCAUCUUUAACCCUUUGCAACCUUGAUAGACAACUGUUUUCUCGGGCUGUAUUCGGGCGCCUUUCACAAGAAUUUAAACCUUUGAAACCUGAGCAAACUGUUUUGAUUUAUUUUGAAAAUGUCUUGAAAGGAAUUAGGUCAAUUUGCUCAGGUUUUAAAGGGCUAAAAACAGAGUUGCCACUGCACUGAGGAAAGAGGACAUGAGGACAGAGAGUCAGGGAAGGAAAUAUAAAAUGACUUGAAAAACUGCUCCUUAUUAUUCCAACCCAAACCGUCCUUUUCUGAUGAUACCUGAAAACCACAUUGCUUUUUUUGCACUAUAAAUGAUAACUUAACUCAGUUUUCUUCAUUUCUCCUGUAAAUGUAAUGUACUUUAUUUUAUACUGUCUAAUUUGCAUUCCUUUUUUGUAACCACAAUGUUCAUGCACAUGCACAUUACAAUGUUUAUUUAGUGGCCUUGUAUUUAUUUUUUUCUUUAUUAUUAUGCAUUUUUACUUGCCGCUGGUCGUCCCAGGAGAAAGUUUGGUGGGCUUCUGUCUCAUGUCUAGCAGCACUCUUCUGGUAUGAAGGGCAUGACUGGAGAUGCUUUGAUCCACUCCAGAGGAAAAAGGGAAGUCAUGGACAAAUCAAUGCCAUUACUCAUCCCUCAGUGGACGAGCCUCCUCUUGACUUGAAGGUGCUUCAAGGUGGGAAAGAGAGUAAGACAAGUUUGGGUGCAGCCCAACGUGGCCCAGAUUUUGAAUAUACUUCAAUAAAACAGUUAGGGGAAGGUAGACAGAUAAUACAUAAAGAAAUCCAUAAUUAUUGGAAAUGAAGAUGGACUCUCCAGCCCUCUCUGCUGCUGUUGGCCACAAUAGUUAUUGUAUACACCAUCACAUGUAUUGUUAUCUUAUAUGCUUGGUCCUGAUGUCUGACUGUAUCUUUCCUUUCUGUCACCUUUUAUUUUGUCACAUUACAUUUUAUCAAUAAAAUGAUAAAGCACAA